AUGAAUGCAGAGAUUUCUAGGAAAGUGGCUUACUUAGCGAAGAGAAAGACAUUGAGUUUGGUCGAGGGAAGUGUUGAGGAGCAAUUUGGUAAAAUUAGAAAUUAUUGUGCUGAGUUGAAACAGACUGAUAGAGAUUCCACUAUUAUUUUGAAGUUAACUGAGGAUGAAGUUAGACCGAUGUUUCAAAGAAUGUAUGUUUACUUUUCUGCAUGCAAGUUAGGAUUCCAGGAUACAUGUAGGCCUGUCAUUGGUGUUGAUGGUUGUUUUCUGAAAUCAAAAACAGGUGGACAGUUAUUUUUGAUUUUGGAUGCAAGGGAGAAAUCAAUAAUUGAAAUGUUUGAAGCAAUCAAAAAUUUGUUGAUGCGGCGGUUUCAGUUAAAUCGUGAGAAGGUUGAAAAAUGGAAUAUAAGAAACUGUCCAAGGAUAAGAGCUAUCUUAGUUAAAAUUUCUUUGGAGGUUGCCAAACUUAUUCCUAUGAAAUCAGAUGAUAUGCACUUCCAAAUUAAGGCAACAAGCAGUCAAGAGCAGCACACGGUGGACCUUUCUACAAAUUCUUACAGUUAUAGACAAUGGGAUUUGACAGACACUGAGGCUUUUGUUAGUCACUACUACAAGACUGAAGCUUACAAGAAAUGUUAUUCAAGAUCAAUAAUGCCGAUUAAUGGGCCUGAUUUGUGGCUAGAUUUUGUGUUUCCACCUCCACUUCCUCCAGUGAAGAGACCAAAUAGAAUUGAGAUACAAAUUGGAGGAAGCUCGAACACCUUAUCUAAUGUGAAUGUGGAUCAAUCUACCAUCAUUCAAACACCAGUGUAUGUCAAAGGUGGUAGAAAUUACACCACAAUCUCCAGACUUCGAUCGAUAUCAAGUGAUUCAAGAAGACAAGUUCAAUCAAUGUCGCAACCAGUGUUAAAGACUAGGUCUGGCACAAAUAUCUCGAAGAAGAGAAUAACUUCAUCACAGUCUUCUGUCAUCAAGAAAUGA